AUGGUGGGGACCAAGGCCUGGGUGUUCUCCCUCCUGGUCCUGGAGGUCACCUCUGUGUUGGGGAGGCAGACAAUGCUCACUCAGACAGUGAGAAGAGUCCAGCCCGGGAAGAGGAUCGCCAACAUCUUUGCCAAGCCUGCUGACCCCUUGGAGAGUCCUGGCGAGUGGACGACGUGGUUCAACAUUGACCACCCUGAUGGGAAGGGCGACUAUGAGCGGCUGGACGCCAUUCGUUUCUAUUACGGGGACCGUGUGUGUGCCCAGCCCCUGCGGCUAGAGGCUCGGACCACCAACUGGACGCCUGCAGGCAGCACUGGCCAGGUGGUCCACGGCAGCCCUCGUGAGGGUUUCUGGUGCCUCAACAGGGAGCAGCAGAUCGGCCGGAACUGCUCCAACUACACCGUGCGCUUCCUCUGCCCUCCAGGGUCCCUGCGCCGAGUCGUGGAGCACAACUGGAACCCAUGGUCUCCCUGGAGCAAGUGCUCGGCUUCCUGUGGUCACACUGGGGUCCAGACCCGGACCCGCACCUGCCUGGCAGAGACAAUGUCGCUGUGCAAUGAGGCCACUGAGGAGGGCCGGCUCUGUGUGGGCCAGGCCUGUACAGCCUGUGACCUGACUUGCCCCAUGGGCCGGGUAAACGCUGACUGCAAUGCCUGCAUGUGUCAGGACUUUGUGCUGCAUGGGGCUGUCUCCCUCCCCGGGGGUGCUCCAGCCUCAGGGGCCACUGUCUACCUGCUGACCAAGACACCUAAGCCACUGACUCAGACGGACAGUCGUGGGAAGUUCCGAAUCCCUGGUUUGUGCCCCGAUGGCAAAAGCAUCCUGAAGAUCAAGAAGGCCAAGUUUGUCCCCAUCAUGCUCACAAUGCCCAAGACUAGCCAGAAGUCAGCCACCAUCAAUGCAGAGUUCGUGAGGGCAGAGACUCCAUACAUUGUGAUGAACCCCAAGACAAAAGCACGGAGAGUUGGGCAGAGUGUGUCCUUGUGCUGUAAGGCCACAGGGAAGCCAGGUCCAGACAAGUAUUUCUGGUACCACAAUAAUACACUGCUGGACCCCUCCCUCUAUAAGCACGAGAGCAAGCUGGUGCUGAAGAACCUACAGCAGGGCCAGUCUGGAGAGUACUUCUGCAAGGCCCAGAGUGACGCUGGGGCUGUGAAGUCUCAGUUUGCCCAGCUGACUGUCAUAGCCCCUGAUGAGACCCCUUGCAACCCAAUCCCUGAGAGCUACCUUAUCCAGCUGCCCCACGACUGCUUCCAGAAUGGCACCAACUCCUUCUACUAUGAUGUGGGCCACUGCCCCGUCAAGACCUGUGCAGGGAAGCAGGAUAAUGGGAUCAGGUGCCAGGAUGCCGUGGAGAACUGCUGUGGCAUCUCAAAGAUGGAGGAGAGGGAGAUUGAAUGCAGCGGGUACACGCUGCCCAUGAAGGUAGCCACAGAGUGCAGCUGCCAGCGGUGUACCAAGACCCGGAGCAUUGUGCGGGGCCGCGUCAGCGCCGCCGACAAUGGGGAGCCCAUGCGCUUUGGUCAUGUGUACAUGGGGAACAGCCGUGUGAGCAUGACUGGCUACAAGGGCACUUUCACCCUCCAUGUCCCCCAGGACACCGAGAGGCUGGUGCUUACAUUUGUGGACAGGCUACAGAAGUUUGUCAAUACCACCAAAGUGCUGCCCUUCAACAGGAAGGGAAGUGCAGUGUUCCAUGAGAUCAAGAUGCUUCGGCGGAAAGAGCCCAUCACCUUGGAGGCCACAGAGACCAACAUUAUUCCCCUGGGGGAGAUGGCUGGUGAAGACCCCAUGGGUGAACUGGAAAUCCCAUCCAUGAGUUUCUACAGGAAGAAUGGGGAGCCCUACACAGGAAAAGUCAAGGCCAGCGUGACCUUCCUGGAUCCCCGGAAUAUUUCCACAGCCACAGCCACCCAGAGUGACCUGAACUUCAUCAGUGAUGAAGGAGACACCUUCCCCCUUCGGACAUAUGGCAUGUUCUCCGUGGACUUCACAGACGAGGCCACCUCAGAGCCACUCAAUGCAGGCAAGGUGAAGGUCCACCUUGACUCGACCCAGGUCAAGAUGCCAGAGCAUGUAUCCAUGAUGAAACUCUGGUCGCUCAACCCAGACACAGGACUGUGGGAAGAAGAAGAUGACUUCAAAUUUGAAAGUCAGAGGCGGAACAAAAGGGAAGAAAGAACCUUCCUGGUGGGCAACAUGGAGAUCCGUGAGAGGAGGCUCUUUAACCUGGAUGUCCCUGAAAGCAGGAGGUGCUUUAUCAAGGUGAGGGCCUACCGGAGUGAGAGGUUCUUGCCUAGUGAGCAGAUCCAGGGGGUGGUGGUCUCUGUGAUCAACCUGGAGCCCAGGACUGGCUUCUUGUCCAACCCCAGGGCCUGGGGUCGCUUUGACAGUGUCAUCACAGGCCCCAAUGGGGCCUGUGUUCCUGCCUUCUGUGAUGACCAGUCCCCCAAUGCCUACUCUGCCUAUGUCUUGGCAAGCUUGGCUGGGGAGGAACUGCAAGCAGUAGAGUCUUUUCCUAAAUUCAGCCCAAAUGCAAUUGGUGUUCCUCAGCCCUACCUUAACAAGCUCAAUUACCGGCGGACAGACCACGAGGACACGCGCGUUAAGAAGACGGCUUUCCAGAUCAGCAUGGCCAAGCCAAGGCCCAACUCAGCUGAGGAGAGCAAUGGGCCAAUCUAUGCUGUUGAGAACCUCCGGGCAUGUGAGGAGGCACCACCCAGUGCAGCCCACUUCCGGUUCUACCAGAUUGAGGGGGAUCGGUAUGACUACAACACUGUCCCCUUCAAUGAGUAUGACCCCAUGAGCUGGACUGAAGACUAUCUGGCAUGGUGGCCCAAGCCAAUGGAAUUCAGAGCCUGCUACAUCAAGGUGAAGAUUGUGGGGCCACUGGAGGUGAAUGUGCGGUCCCGCAACAUGGGGGGUACUCAUCGGCAGACGGUAGGGAAGCUGUACGGAAUCCGCGAUGUGAGGAGCACACAGGACAGGGACCAGCCCAAUGUCUCAUCCGCCUGCCUAGAGUUCAAGUGCAGUGGGAUGCUCUAUGACCAGGACCGUGUGGACCGCACACUGGUGAAGGUUAUCCCCCAGGGCAGCUGCCAGCGAGCCAGCGUAAACCCCAUGUUGCAUGAGUACCUGGUCAACCAUCUGCCACUGGCGGUCAACAAUGACACCAGUGAGUACACCAUGCUGGCACCCCUGGACCCACUGGGCCACAACUACGGCAUCUAUACUGUCACUGACCAGGACCCUCGCAUAGCCAAGGAGAUCGCACUUGGCCGGUGUUUUGAUGGCACAUCCGAUGGCUCCUCCAGAGUCAUGAAGAGUAAUGUGGGAGUGGCCCUCACUUUUAACUGCAUAGAGAGGCAGGUGGGCCGCCAGAGCACCUUCCAGUACCUCCAAAGCACCCCUGCCCAGCCCUCCGCUGGAAGAAGAGUGGCCUCGGGGAGGCAGCAACUGGCAAGUAGGGGAGGCCAGCGUUGGCGCAGAGGGGUGGCCUCUCUGAGGUCUCCUGGGGUUGCUCAAUGGCCUCUGAGCAACUAAGGCUUGUGGUGCUCUGUCCCUGCCCCGGCCUCACGUGGCAGUCAUUGUGAGACUGACGCACAAACUGUCACUUGGUUAAUUUAAGCACAUCCGUUCUGGUGCAAUUUGCUUGUUUGUUUCUUCAUGCCUUUAUUUACUGUCUUCAUCCUAUGAAAUUGAUUGCCACAUAGUGCCCCAAACAGCAAAAUAAAGCCCCUUUGUCCUGUUCUUUAAAAGAAACACAAGAAAUUGGUUGCUGGUAAAACUCUGCAGCUUUGGCCAUUCUUCAUUUAGUGCCAUCAACAGAAAUGUACUUCCUUCUCUUUUUGCAUGGCUUUGCCCACCUCUCUGAUAAUGAUAAUCUGAUGGUAAAAAUUGAACAACCAAUAUAAAGCUUAUUUCUUGGCCUUGCUUCACAGGAUGUAAGCAAGGCCUCCAUCACAGUUCAUAUAUUUACAUGGUGGUGAAAUAAAGGAAUAAACUGCAAAACUUUUACUUGAAAUGUAAAUAACUUAUUUAUUUCUUUGCUGAAUUUGGAACUCUAGAGCACCCUCAAUGUCAAGCUAUUGAAUGUAGGGUAAUCAUAGUUCUACCAACUCUGGAAAGAACAUCUCCUCCUAUCCACAUUGCAUUAGAUUGCUUAUUGUAUCAGCAUGUUUCCCUUACACUUGUUUUUGUUCUUGCUAGAAGCUCACUGUAGCACAGGGCAGAUGUCAAU